UGAAUAGUGAAAAACUAGUAAAUACUAAAAAGAAGAUAUUUGAAUGGAAAAAAAUUGGAGAGCAAAGGUCUCUUAUUACCUGUCAAUUGUCGCCUACUAUAAAAAUUCAGGGCCCCAACAUCCAACCACCACCACAACACCACCCCAGCGCGUCGUCUUCACUCUCCCCUACUCUGCAAUAAAUACCCCAACACCUCCUCAUAAAACAACUGAUCAUCUACUCCACUAAUAGCUAUAAUGAGACAUGGGUAGGACCAGUAAGUGGUUCCGUUCACUCUUGACCUCCAAAAAGUCGUCGGAAUCUUCGCCGGCGAAGGAGAAUAACAAGAAGAAGUGGGGGGCUCCCUCCAAUUCAGGAAACAACUCCGUUGCAUUGAAGAAUCAUGCCGGCGACCCCCUGUCGAGUCCGUACAUCGCCGGCCUCGACGCCAACCGGCACGCGAUAGCGGUGGCCGCCGCCACCGCGGCGGUGGCGGAGGCGGCGCUCGCGGCGGCACACGCCGCGGCUCAGGUGGUCAGACUGACCAGCGGCGGCGCUAGCCGGAGAGGCGCCGCCCCCACGUACGGCGGCGGUGAUCGGAGGCGGCCGGUGGCGGCUGCUGUCAGGAUUCAGUCGGCUUUCCGAGCGUACUUGGCGAGGAGGGCGUUGAGGGCACUAAAGGGAUUGGUUAAGCUUCAAGCGCUCGUGAGAGGUCACAUUGUACGGAAACAAAGUGCGGAUAUGCUGAGGCGAAUGCAAGCGAUGGCCCGAAUUCAGGCCCGGGCCUCUACUCAUCGAUCUUACACGUCUGAUUAUUCCAAUCCCACUAUCAAGUUUUCCAAUUCCCAUCAUACGGACGUCGCAAAUAGUCUCGGAAAAUAUGAACAGAGGACGAGUAGUUCCAAACAUUGUGGAUCUCUUCUUCAGCAAAAUAAUUCAAGAUUAAGAAUGGGAAAUAAUAAUAGUUCGAGCAACGAAAACUCGCACUUAGCUUCGAGAUGGUUAAAUCACUGGAUGGAACAAUCGACAUGGAACAACCUCCACGAUGCUGACGACGAAAGAAGUGACAAAAUACUCGAAGUAGACACAUGGAAGCCCCACCACCCCACCGCCACCACCGCCACUCGAAAUGACCAAAAUGCCCCUCCUACUUCCCAAUAUUUUUCCGCAUGGCAAGACCACUCGAGAGCCGUUCCCUUAUCAUCGAAACAUCAAAAACCGAACCCUAGUGCAUCUUCCGAGGACUUUUCGUCGCUGAAAUCGCAGAAUCAUCAAAUCUCAGCAUCUUACUGGACGGCAGAAAACAGCCCGAGACUGCAUUCAUCAUCUUCAGUGGGACCCACGGGCAGCGACCAGAGGAGGCCGUUCACUCCGGCGAGGAGCGAAUGUUCUAGAAGCUUGUUCGGAGAUUUCCUCGGCCACCCUAAUUACAUGGCGAACACGGAAUCUUCCAGGGCUAAAGUUAGGUCUUACAGCGCGCCAAAGCAGAGGUUUGAGGAGCUCGCCAAAUUUAGCCGGGAUUUUUGGGAAACGGACACUAUUUCCGAAAAGGGUUCGGUUAUUUUGCCAACUAAUAAUCGGAGUACAUAUCAGGUGAAGAGGCAAGGGACUCCUACACGCAAUUACAGGCGUAAGGCCUAAGUAUGGAUAUUGGUUCGUUUGUCCGAAUUUGUGACGAGAACUUUGGGAGAGUGGUGGGACAAAAGGGACCAGCAUUUUUCUUGUACAAUUUGGCUGUUAUUUUUUAGUGUGUUGUUGUUGUAUGUUUGUGUGUGCAAAAAAUGUUUGAGUAGCUGCCUUAAUUAUUAAACCCUCUGUUUCACGAUAUUUGUUACUAUUGAGAAUUUCUUUUGUUCGAUAUUAUCUCACUUUAGGAUUU